GUCUACUACAGUAUUAUCGCAACGCUCUGUGAGCGUACACGCUUGCUGUUCCGAAUUUAAAAUUCCCGCGCGCGCGAAACGACGACUAGACUUUAUUUCUUUUUUGAAAAUAAAAAGAAAAUAACUAUUUAAAGAAAAAUAAAUUUGACAUUUAAUUUAUUUUUAAAAUCAAACAUUUCCAGUCAGUGUUUCGAAAUGGGCAGAUAAUUUAAAUAGUUUUAGUUCGAUCGAAAUUUAAAAGUUUGUGUGUAUGACUUUUUAAAGUUAUUGAUUUUAUAUUUUGUCUUUUUUUGAAGAACAAAACAGAAUGGCAGUAAUGCGAGUAGUCCUACUCUUCGCUGUUUUAAGCCAAGUGGCGGCUUACCACGGGCCUGAUCUUCCACCGGGACCGUACUGCGGCUUGGGCGGCACUCGUGGAGGCUGCUGUACUAACAGGCAGGACAGCUGCUCACAUAAAAUACUUGACACUCUGUGCUACUGUGAUGAGUUCUGCAACAAGACCAGGGUGGUGGACGACUGCUGCCCGGACUACGAGGAGGUGUGCCUGGGCUUGCUACCCCCUUCGCCUGCUGAGCGCGGUGUCUGCAUACUAGGGCAGAAGAAGAUGAACAAAUGCAACAAGUGCACAUGCGACAUAGUGGACAACCGACCCGACUGGAUCUGCGAGUAUGACGUGUGCAUGAUAAGCGAUGACGUCAUCUACGGCGUCAACCAAGGCGGGGAGACUUGGCGCGCCGCCAACUACACCAAGUACUUGGACAAGAAGCUCAAAGACGGACUCGUCUACAGACUUGGAACCUUGCCACUAGACCGGGACACACGUCGCAUGGGCGCCAUCCAGUACAACGAAGACAUCGAAUACCCUCGCAACUUUGACGCGCGCAAACAUUGGCCUAGGUUCAUAUCACCUAUCAUGGACCAGGGGUGGUGUGGGUCUGACUGGGCCGUCUCCAUUGCCAGCAUCGCUUCUGACAGGUUCGCCAUCCAGUCCAACGGAGCUGAGAGUAUGGUGCUGAGUCCUCAGAGCCUGUUGUCAUGCAACGUGAGGGGCCAGAGGGGAUGCGACGGCGGGCACAUCGACGUAGCCUGGAACUUCGCGGGGCAAUAUGGCCUAGUUGAUCUGGACUGCUACCCGUACAAAGCAGCAGUCAAACCCUGUCCAUACAGGAUCACUGGCAACCUGUUGGAGACCGGCUGCACGCCCCGUAUACCCACCAGGACAUCCAAGUACAAAGUCAGCCCACCAUACAGGAUCGUCCGGGAGAAAGACAUCAUGUGGGAGAUCAUGGAGUCUGGACCAGUCCAGGCUGUAAUGACUGUGUACCAGGAUUUCUUCCACUACCGCGACGGCAUCUACCGGCAUACCAGACAUGGGAACCUGAUCGAAUCUGGGCUGCAUAGCGUCAAGAUCAUCGGAUGGGGCGAAGAGAGAGGAGACCGAUACUGGACCGUAGCCAACAGCUGGGGCCAAGAGUGGGGUGAAGAUGGCUACUUCCGCAUUGCGCGCGGAUCCGACGAAUCAGGCAUCGAGUCCUUCGUCAUCGCCGGUUUGAGUGACGUCAGCGAGGCAAACCAGUGGAAAUAACAGCGACAGGAACGACAGGAGCUAAUAUCACCGCUCUGUGUGGUGACAAAAGUGAUAAAAACUAACAAAGGAAUCUUACUUUUAAAUAGCACAAGAAAUUUUGGGUGAUUUUGAGGUUAUGUGUCAAGUUUUGGAAGGAAAGUUUGACAGUUUGGCGGGAAAAGUAGAAAGUUUCUUUGCGCUGGCAUUUUUUUCAGAUUCUUGAAGUCAGUCUAUGUGAUUGGUUGAAUUUAUACAGUGUUGCCAGUAAAAAAAAAAUCUGCUUUUUUUGAUGAACUGUUGGUAAUAUUGCUGCCAAUUUCUACUGUAGUUUAAGUGUUAAAUUGUUGCGACGGAUAAUCAAAUUAUAAUUGUAUAGUUAUAAAAAGGCACUGCCAUGAAACGAUAAAACGAUACGAAAAUACAAGAUUAAAAAAAUAGGAGGGUAACAUUUGGACUAAUAAAUAAGAGUGUUGUGAUCUCUCCAUGUAGAUUGUAAGAAAUUAUAUUUUUCUAAAUUGAAUCAGUAUGUUACGACCAAGUACAUGAAUAGACUAAAAUAGAUUUUAUAUUAUAUAAAUUACAAAAAAAAGUAAAAACAAAAUGUCACUUAGGUCGCAGCACCAAAAAUAAUAAUUUUAUUUUGAAAAAGAAUAAUGCAAGUAAUUUU